ACUCUUGCAGCGGUGACAUCUGGGAAGGCUUUGAGCCACCUCCAGCACUCCGCGUACUGAACAUGGCUCUGAAUUGCGCUGAAUUGCCAACGUGGAUUAAUUCCGCAGUUAUUCCUCACCUUACCAACUUAUAUGUCACCGUGCUUUCUCUCAAGACACAGCAUGUGGAGACCCUGGGGAAGUUCCCAAAGCUCCUUGCUCUCGACCUGACGCAUUACGGGGAUGACUGUCCGCUGGUGGUUAUUAGCGGUGAUGCAUUCCCCGAAUUAACAUGCUUGGAGACCACCAUAGCGUUGAGGUUUGAACCACGAGCUAUGCCGAACCUUGAACACCUUGAGUUCAGUGUCUCGGUGAAGAGCUUGCAAGAUGCCCACUUUGAUUUUGAUUUUCGUAGCUUGGGGAACUUGCCUAUGCUUGGGAAUAUCAGAGUGGAGAUAAGGUGCCAUGGUGCGCGUUAUCGGGACUUUGAGAAGGCGGAGGAAUCGCUGAGCCACAUGGUCCGGAUCCAUCCCAACCGUCCCAUCCUUGAUAUCGUAGAAGAAGAGGUAGACGGCAUGCUCUAUUAUGACUCGGAGCUUGACGACGACGACGAAGUAGACGAAGACAUACACGAUUCUGAUCAGACAGGCGAAGAGGUACAUGGCGCAGCGGCUCAUCAUAUACGCAUAACAGUGUACAAAAGAUAG